AUGUCGAACCCUGCAAACUCACAACCGGAUAGCUUAAUACAAGCAGAAAAAUGCAAAGAAUACUGGGAGUCCGUUGACUCUGACAAUAAUGGAAUGCUUGGCGGUGUUUUAUCCGUCAUGCCCUCCGUUUCCCGCAUCGAUCUCCAAGGCUCGCGAACCUUCCUUGCCAGAUUAGGUAUAGGAAUCAAGAGUGGUAGACAGAGGAUACCGAGAGUUCUCGAGGGUGGAGCGGGAAUUGGCAGGAUAACCGAGGGUCUUCUCCUGAAGCUCGCAGAUCAGGUUGAUGUCGUUGAGCCGGUGGUGAAAUUCACAGAUGCACUCCGCGGCAAGCCCGGCGUAGGAGAAAUUCACAGCGUCGGUCUUGAAAAAUGGGAGCCUAGCGAAGGAGCUGUAUACGAUCUUAUCUGGAUCCAAUGGUGCAUAGGACAUCUCAACGACGAGCAGCUACUGCAGUUCUUGGAGAGGUGCAAAUCUGUUUUGGAGAAGGAACACGGUAUUCUCGUGUUUAAGGAGAACUUGAGUACAUGGGGUCAGGAUAAGUUUGAUGAGCUUGAUGGCAGUGUCACAAGGGAGGAUGAGAAGUUCCAGCAGCUUUUCAAGAGAGCGGGGCUGAAGUUGGUGAAAUCAGAUAUGCAGCGUGGAUUCCCGGUUGUCAAGAACCGUCAACUACUCCCGUUGAAGAUGUAUGCUCUUCGCCCGGAGCAAUAA